AUGAGUCAAAUAGUAUUGAAAUGCAGGCAGUGCAGGAAACAAUUACUGGAUAGCACUAUUUCUCCUAUUUUAUCAGGUCACAAUUCAGUUUUGGAUGCAAAAUCAAUAAUAUAUCCUUACUGUGAUAAUGACUGUGAGGAUAUAAUUAAUUCAUUAUACUUAGAAGAAACUAGUUUCCCAGAAUGGAUUCUUUCAAGUGUUGAUGAGGCUGGAUGGAAGAAGGGUAAAGUGAAAUGCCCAAAAUGUUCAGCAAGAGUCGGUUCAUUUGAUUUUGUCUCAGGAAGAAAAUGUAAAUGCAAUGAAAAUGUUUUACCCCCACUGCAUCUAAUAAAAAGCAAAGUUGACUUCCAGCUUAUUGAAACAUUAGAUUAA